AUGUACGCCUGGUUGAUCAUGGGAGAUUCAGUGCACCGAGGAUUUUCUCCGAAUCGCUGUUGUGUUGUUUUUCUUUUCAUCAGCCUGCAUUUCGCGUAUGGAGAUGUGAGCUACUCUAUCGCAGAGGAGAUGAAACGCGGGUCUGUGAUCGGAAAUAUAGCCAAAGAUCUGGGCCUCGGGAUUGUCUCACUUUCCUCCCGUAAAGCUCGCAUUGACACGGACGGGAAUGAUAAGCGGUAUUGUGAUAUUAAUCUGAGCACCGGAGAUUUGAUUGUUUCUGACAGGAUCGACAGGGAGGGCCUUUGUGGUAAGAAGGCGACUUGUGUUUUAAAAGAGGAGCUUGUUUUGGAAAACCCUUUAGAGCUUCAUCGCGUCAGUAUUCAUGUGCAAGAUAUAAACGACAACGCCCCACAGUUUAGUGAAAGCAUGAUUACAUUUGAGAUACGAGAAUCUGCAGUUAAAGGAGCGAGAUUCUUACUCACUGAAGCCCAUGAUGCAGAUAUCGGUACAAAUACUGUACAGCGCUACAGUUUAGAACAUAAUGAGCAUUUCACUAUUAAUGUAGAUACAGAGGGUGGGCGGAAACACUCCGAGCUGGUUUUGGUAAAAGAAUUGGACCGUGAGCAGGAGAAAGAGCUAAAAUUAGUGCUUACAGCUUUAGAUGGUGGUUCUCCACAGAGAUCGGGUACUGCGAUAAUACAUGUCACUGUGCUGGAUGCUAAUGAUAACGCCCCAGUGUUUAGCCAGGCCGUUUAUAAAGCCAGUCUACCUGAAAACUCUCCUCCAGAUACAGUGGUUGUUACAGUGAGCGCCACUGAUGCAGACGCGGGACCCAAUGGAGAUAUCACGUACAAUUUUGAUCACGUAUCCGAUGAGCAUGUUUCUUUAUUCUCACUUGAUCAUAAAACGGGAGAGAUACGGGUAGUCGGCUCUAUUGAUUAUGAGACAGAGUCCUCCAUUGAACUACGAAUAAGAGCAAAAGACGGACCAGGUCUUACCUCGUAUUGUACAGUAAUUCUAGAUAUAACAGAUGUUAAUGACAACCCACCUGCUAUCACUUUGAAAUCACUGUCUAACCCCAUACCCGAGAAC